AUGCGAUCACGACCUCAUCAUCAACUGCGGUUUGGAGAAACCACCAUAUGCCUGGACUCAUUUACGACUCACUCAACAACUCAUUCACUCUUACAUCCCAGAUAUCUCUUUUUGCAGAGUAAACCUCGCCAUCACUUCCACUCUUGAAUCUCCUGUCAGUUGUGGCAUGCCUACAAUUUGACAACCUCACCAGUCCUUCGCGACCCUCAUCCCCAACCUAUCUACCGCUGCUUGUCCUAUGGCACACUCGUCGUGACCAGCCCCGUUGCCCGUGUCUUUUGACGGAAUAAACACCAUGGAGAAGCUCUUGGAGCUUAGCGCGGCGCUUACUCCGACCUUGCAAGCCCAGGAUGAAGACGAAUAUGACAGAAAAGCACAGGCGCUGGUCUCCGCGUUGAACAAACACCCUUGGCAAGAUCAGCCGGCUGUGAAAGAUGAGGACCUUGAUGGCAUCCCUUAUUCUGACACCAUUGUCGUCCUCUACUUCCUCGUCGCUGCAAUAGAGGCAGCCAGCGCAGGUGAAAAAGCCGCCUCGAGACAAUUACCUACCGCCGUCCUACCAGGAGGAUCAUUAUGGGGACACAUCACUCAAUGCCUUCUCGAAUUCGAUCCGGUCCAGGUACGGUACUGCGGGUCUUACUUGUUGAAAGUAAUCGACUGUGUGGCAGUUGGAGCGGAACAGACUGAGGACUACGUACCCGCCAUACAGUUGUUACACCAUGUUAUUCCACGAUUAGACGAUACCUCUUCCACCCUAACCUCCACACACCGCACAUUCCUGCGAAUAUGCCUCUUGGCACACGCGUACAGCCAGGCCAUCGACAUCCUUGAAAGACCAAUCUAUCACGUUCCACUGUCGCAGAAUGAUCCCCAGAUAUCCGCCAACCUGUGUUCGGCUUCCCAGCCAGGCUGGAAAUACCUUAGUACGGCCACGGGUCUGACGCAGCCGGUCACAAGUCGCACGUUCAUGGAAUACUACCUCCUCGGUGGUCUGUGUUACAUGGCAAUAGGGCAAUAUCGAGAGGCUCUAUUCUUUUUCGAAAUCGUUGUAUCGACCCCAACUGUGCCCAACGUGGCCAGCCUCAUCAUGAUCGAAGCAUACAAGAAAUGGCUUCUCGUUGGCCUCCUCCUCGAUGGUGUUGCUCGCACGGCCCCCAAGACCGCGUCCUCCAGCGCAAUGAGAUAUAUUCGGGCUAUUGCGAGACCGUACGAAUGUGUGGCAGAAGCAUUCAAGGCAAACGACAUCGAACGCUUGCGUGAAGAAAUUGAGGCCGGAGUUGGCGUUUGGCAAGAAGAUGGCAAUUAUGGACUCAUGGGUGAAGUCUUUCAGACCUACCGCAAAUAUUCGAUCAGAAGAAUUGGCAAGACUUUUGAAGCCCUUCCGAUCGCCGACAUUGCAGCAAGAACCUCGCCAUAUCCAGACAACAUUGACGAGACAAAGGCUUACAUUGAGACAAUGAUUCUCAAGGGGGAACUUGACGCCGUAUUCAUGUCCUCUGGGAAAGGAGACAUGUUACGGUUCUUGCCGGAAACACCCAAAGCCGAGGCCCAAGUCGUAUCCCUACUGGCAUCGCGCACCCAAGAACUUGCAGGCCUCCUGGCACAAGUAAAGGACAGCGAGCAUCGCCUUGGAAUGAGUAAAGAAUACAUUGACUACUUGAAGAAACUCAAGAAGAUGAAGGAUGAUGACAAGAAGGGUAGUUCUUCCGGUAAGGCACGGGCUGACGAUGUCGAUGAAGAUAUGAUGGAUGAAUACUAGAACGAUGGUCUUGCCAUGCAGUCUGAUCGACCUGUAACCGAAAAGUUGCGGUCUCUGCAGAUAACAUCCGUGAUUGGGUACUUGCGUGCCUGGGAUGAUAGAAGGAAAUGACGUGCGAUGGUAGUGAACCGUAUUACGAUGUAACGACUGCGUUGUGGAGACAAUAUCACAUUGGACUUUGGAAGGCGAUCAGGCAGUUUUAUGCAUGGGCCAGACAUCAGCGAGUGCGGCCGGCGUUUGAGGAAGCAGGAUCGCCUCUACCAGAAGUUCAUGAUCAUGGUAUUAAAAAAGUUCCUGGUACAGAUCUGAAAGAUGCGAGAUCUACCACAAUUGGUGUGCAGCAAGACUAUGCGAAGCAUACACAUAGUAACUAGAGGAUGGACUCCGGUCGACAAUACUGACAGGAGCCUUGGACGAUCGGAAUGUAGCCUCUCAUGACUUAAAGCCAGACCAAUAGACGACUUGAAGCGAAGAAGAGAACAUGUG